AAAUGAUAAAGCGAAAAAUAACACGAAUUGAAAAGAUCAUGAUCAGUGAAAUUUGAAUUUUCGAUUACGCAUUUCGAGCCAUAAUUUUAUAAUUCAAUUGAACAAUUUUCGUAAAAUUCGGUUUAUUUAUCAAGUUUAUUGAUUUCCAGUGUAAAAUGAAUGUAUUUGACAAAGCAUUGUUGUUUGGUAACCCGCUGGAUCCGUAUGCCUUCAAAGGUGUCGGCGAAUGUGCUUCGAAUUCGGAUAUCAUCACUCAUUUCCAUACACCAGUUACAACAGCUACCUCUGUGCUUGGAAUAGCAUUCAACGACGGUGUAGUUAUCGCUGCUGAUCUACUAGCUUCGUAUGGUUCUUUAGCUCGCUUCAAAAAUUGCCCCCGAAUACUCAAAGUUAACAAAAACACAGUCAUCGGAGUCGGCGGUGACUAUGCAGAUUAUCAGUACUUAAAAGAGCUUAUUAAUGGCAAGAUUAUCGGAGAAGAAUGUUUGGAAGAUGAUAUUUAUAUCAAACCUGCUUCCCUUCAUUGUUGGCUCACUAGAGUAAUGUAUAAUCGUCGUUCGAAAGUCGAUCCACUUUGGAACAAUAUUAUCGUUGGUGGCAUACAAGAAGGUAAACCGUUUUUGGGAUCUGUCGAUAAAUUAGGCACUGCUUUCGAAGAUAAAAUCAUCGCCACCGGUUAUGGUGCUUAUAUUGCUAUUCCGUUGUUACGUGAUGCUGUUGAUAAGAAACCUGAGCUCAAUGCUCAAGAAGCUACCGAGAUUUUGAAAAAAUGCAUGGAAGUGCUCUACUAUCGUGAUGCCAGAUCUUGGAACAAGUAUGAAAUGGCUGUUAUUACUUCUACGAGUUGCGAAGUGCAGGGUCCUAUAGAAAUAAAAGCGGACUGGAAUAUCGCUCAUAAAAUUGUUUAAUCGUAUAUCUCGAUUAUUUUGUAAAAUGUUAUCGAUUUAAAUAACAGGAAUUUUUUCAUCCUACGAGUUGCGUAUCGGGUCCCAUCGAAAUUGAAGUCGAUUGGAAUAUCGCUCGUAAAAUUGUUUAAUCGUAUAUUUUGAGUAUUUUGUAAAAUAUUAUCUAUUUAAAUACAGGAAUUUUUUUCAUUCUAAA